AAGCGGCACUUUGAUUGCGAGUAAGGUCAGGCGCGGGCUGCCCCACGCUCCCCGCCGCUGAGAAGUUCCUUGGACGCGAACAGACGUCGCCGGCAGCUCGGCAGAGCGCAGAGCGAGCGAGCGAGCGAGCGCCGCCGAAGCGCCCGUGCCCGCGGCGGGGAGAGGCAGUUCACGCCCCGCGGCCCCGGCUCGGCCCCGCGCGCCCCGCCAUGGCGGAGGUGGGGGGGGUCUUCGCCUCCUUGGACUGGGACCUGCACGGCUUCUCCUCCUCUCUGGGGAACGUGCCCUUAGCUGACUCCCCGGGUUUCCUGAACGAGCGCCUGGGCCAGAUCGAGGGGAAGCUGCAGCGCGGCUCGCCCACAGACUUCGCCCACCUGAAGGGGAUCCUGCGGCGCCGCCAGCUGUACUGCCGCACCGGCUUCCACCUGGAGAUCUUCCCCAACGGCACGGUGCACGGCACCCGCCACGACCACAGCCGCUUCGGAAUCCUGGAGUUUAUCAGCCUGGCCGUGGGGCUGAUCAGCAUCCGGGGAGUGGACUCUGGCCUGUACUUAGGAAUGAACGAGCGAGGAGAACUAUAUGGGUCGAAGAAACUCACACGUGAAUGUGUUUUCCGGGAACAGUUUGAAGAAAAUUGGUACAACACCUAUGCCUCCACCUUGUACAAACACUCGGAUUCGGAGAGACAGUAUUAUGUGGCCCUGAAUAAAGACGGCUCACCCCGGGAGGGAUACAGGACUAAACGACACCAGAAAUUCACUCACUUUUUACCCAGGCCAGUAGAUCCUUCUAAGUUGCCCUCCAUGUCCAGAGACCUCUUCCGCUAUAGGUAACGGACCCCUAGUGUGACCUCUGUGACCUGUGUACUCUGGGGCCACAGUUGUCUCUGCAAGCACUAUACUCAUAGCUUUUCAAUCCUCCUUCCUAUCAAUUUAGAUAACAGAGAAGCACUUACUGUUCAACUCGACCCAGCUGUUCCCCUGUUGUUCAAAGUGUAUAUCAAGGUUGGGUUAUUUUGGGGAGGGAUGUCAGGGGAGGGGGUGGGCUAGAGGGAAUCUUGUAUAUACUUUUUUUCUUUACUCGUCCUUUCCCCUGAGGUGGCACAAGAAAGAAUGGGGGCCCCUGCCAAGGGCCGGGGGUGUCUUGCCCCCACAAUCUACCCAAAUACCUUGACAAUGGGUAAAUGAAAGACCAAGGAAUCUGCCAAAGAUGCUACCUACAGAGCUUUAAAAAAAGUCUCACUAAGAAAAUCCUUGGGGCCAGAGCCCUGCUGCGAGCCGCCCUGCCCUGGCUCUGCAGAGGCCUCGUCUGUCCUGACAUGCAGUUUUCCUGCCACUGGAAGUGGGAGUUGGGGUAGGUUGUAAGAAAAUGAUAUUAAAAUGUAAGCAUGGAUACUGUGCAUAAGGACAAACUAUUUAUGAAAUGUAUAUGCUAUUUAUUUUAUAUAUUUAUUUAUUUCAAAAUAAUUUUAUUUUUAAUGAGAGAUGCUAUGACUGGAUUUUCAUCAGAAAGAAUAAGGUCCUACUGAAACAGGAUA